GAAGUCACUGGACAUCUCCCCUCUUUAGUGUCUUGACGUGUGCCUUGAUAUGCAAUUGAGUGGUAAUUUGACACAGCUUUCCAGUCAGGUAGACUGGAAUCAGGAGGUGUAAAGGUGUCUAAAUUACAGUACUUUGUAUCUACGUUGACUAGGCUGUAUAAUUUUGAAAAUGAUAAAAGCAAUAUUAAUAUUCAACAAUCAUGGAAAACCCAGACUGUCGAAAUUCUACGAACACUAUAGUGAAGAUACUGAACAACAGAUCAUCCGAGAGACAUUUCACUUAGUAUCGAAACGAGAUGAGAAUGUCUGCAAUUUCUUGGAGGGGGGAAUCUUAAUAGGGGGCUCUGACAACAAGCUCAUCUAUAGGCACUAUGCCACACUGUACUUCGUCUUCUGCGUGGAUUCAUCAGAAAGUGAACUGGGGAUACUAGAUUUAAUACAGGUUUUCGUGGAAACCCUAGACAAAUGUUUUGAGAAUGUCUGUGAGCUUGACUUGAUUUUCCACGUUGAUAAGGUCCACAACAUUCUGGGGGAGAUGGUGAUGGGAGGCAUGGUGCUGGAGACCAACAUGAACGAGAUCAUCACACAGGUGGAUUCUCAGAACAAGAUGGAAAAGUCAGAGACCUUUAUCUUUCAGUCUCCCAGGCAAGACAGGUAGACACAGAUGGUGUUGUUGCACCUCAAAGAUGGCUUGUUCUUCAGCCACGGUCCGUCUCUCAAACCUUUCCCCAACAGUAUCCUGUCCCGUCACAGCCCAGGGAUUCAUUCCAACACGCGUCCUGUUCAAAGCUGGCCAGCCUGAUGCUUAAAGAGCCUCUGGACUGUCAGUAUCGUAUGUGUGGCCAUCAGUCAUCACAGUAACCUUUGAACAGUCAUGCUCACAUAUACAUAAACUAAACUCUUUACUAAACUCAACUGAAUUGACUAUACAGCAACCUCUACUCAUCUACAACUACACUAUUGUUAUUCAUAGUGUUGUUUAAGUUAUUUAAAUGUACUUGCAAGAGUUUGUAAUUGUUGCAAUUUGUUAAUUGAGUAUAAUAUAGCAGAGCAAGACAACAUGUUGAGGUAUCACAUUUUCUUGACCUUUUCAUCAUUAAUAAAUCAAAUAUGAAAUAAUAAUACUUCUAAUAAUAAUAAACCAAAACCAUCUGUUGAAUAAAAGGCCUCCUAUCUAUCAGAUUAGUCCACUCAUCUUUUCAUGUCUCAUCUUUUACCCAUCGCUCUGUUUCAUUCUCUCCUCUGGCUCUUCUUCUCCACCCCAGAGUGGUCCAUGCGAUGCUGCUCUCCUCUCUAGCUUUGCGAUGAUUCUUGAUUUCUCUUCUGCUCUUUGCGUGUCCAUACAGGCCCUCUGAAGCUGUGCGUCUCUCCCCCAGAGCUGGUCAGAAGGGGUGCAGGUUGUGUUCUCUUCUGUCUGAACCAGCAGUGCAUGUGCAUACAGUUUGGGCCUUUUGGGAACGCCUAUGCAGACUUGUGCACGUCUGUCAAGAGUUGGUGCUUUUGCAUUCUGUGUGGUGGUUGACCGUAUCUGUACAAUGUGCUGUGCUGAGUUUGUAUGCCUGCGUGUAUGAGUAUGUGCACUGUGUGUGUGUGUGGGUGGCUCAUUGGCACUACUAACUGACUUUAACUUUGUGUGUGUGUGUGUGUGUGUGUGUGUGUGUGUGUGUGUGUGUGUGUGUAGGCGGGUAUCGCUGGGGCCCCAGCUCGCGCUGUAUCGGCAGUGAAGAAUAUGAAUCUUCCUGAAAUGCCCAAGAACAUCAACAUUGGA